GUCCUUGCAACAGCACCUCUUGCCAAGGAACCCCAUGCAUUCAUCCCAACCCUCCGCUCCACGAGCAACAAUGGUGACAAAUAUCCCCAAAGCCAGAAUGCCCAGGACGGCGCCAGCAAUUACGCCUGGGGUCCAACCGCUAGCCGAGUUGGAAUCUGCACGAAGCUGUAGUGGAUUGGGCAUUGCUGCUUGACUGGUGCCUGCCUGUUUUUUACACGGCGAAAGUCCAAAGUCUUGUUGUGUAUGAUCGAUCCCGAGCAGUAAGUGAAGGUGGGCAAGGUUAUUCUGGUCUUGUCGUUCUUCUUUUCGGCUUGCUUGCUUGUUUGUUUGCCUGUAGCGGGCCCCGGUUGAAGAUCAGAGCUUAUGAGAGGAAGAGAAGAUGAGACGACCGCGCUGUUUUAUAAUCCACGAAUGAACAACGCGGUCUUUUAUUGGGCAUGUUCACUGGCUCCAUCUGCAACUAUCGCGUGCUUUCGUGAAACACGGCCGUCCAAGACCGCCCCGGGGUGAUACAGGUGGCCGAGGCCUUCCCCGCGGGGGUGCCGACCGGGGCUAGUCCAGUGGGGUUCUGCCCAUUCAAGAGUCAAGGCGGGGAUGCGGCGAGAUAGACGAGGCCACAGGUCUGUUUCCUAGAAAGAGAGUUAACCGAGACGCGACUGCCAGCCCUGGAGUGAGGCUUAGCUGAAACUGCACCAUGGCG